UUCACGUCCAUGUUCUGCUCUUCUCUCUCACCUGACUUGACAGAAUAUUAAAGUCAAAUUUGAUAAUCCACUCAGAUUUGCUCUUGACAACAAUUUACUUGUGUUAAUAUCAAUUUUAUUAAUCAAUCGUCUCCUUCUUCGUCUUUAAUCUACAUGGAAUAGAAGCGAUUAUCUGUCAAGUAAUCAAGAAAAUACUGCAGAGAUGGUUGGUGGAGGAUUAGAGAUAAUGUCUCUUUUCAUCCAUGUCAUUCUUGUUUCUUACAUGACUUGCCAGAAUCUUACAGCAAUAGCUGCAUCCUCCCUCGGUGGAAAUGAGACUGAUCGAACAGCUUUACUAUCUUUCAAAGACAGGAUAACAGAUGAUCCACUUCACAUCAUGAGCUCCUGGAAUAAUUCUGUCCAUUUCUGUGAUUGGUUUGGCAUUACAUGCGGUCGCAGGCACAGGAGGGUUACAGUGCUGGAUUUGCAGGACAAGAAGCUCGUUGGGUCCAUCUCACCACUGCUUGGAAAUCUCAGUUUUCUUAAAACAUUAAGCUUGCUUAACAAUGGCUUCACAGGUCAAAUUCCUGAAGAAUUGGGGAAUUUGUUCAGGCUUCAAGUGUUAAGCCUGGAGAACAAUUCCUUCACAGGCGAAAUUCCAUCAAAUAUAUCUCACUGCACCAACAUUCUCUACUUCGGUUUAGGAGGGAACAAGCUUGUAGGAAGUAUACCAAUGGAGUUGGAGUCAUUGUUCAAGCUCCAGCAACUUGUUAUUCCUGAAAACAAUCUGACAGGAAGACUUCCACAUUUCCUUGGCAAUUUCUCAUCUCUUGAAAUUGUACUAGCCGGUGCUAACAUGUUUGCAGGGACGAUCCCAGACUCUCUUGGCCGGUUACCGAAGUUAAGGAUUUUAGCAGUUGGAGUCAAUAUGUUGUCUGGUACAAUCCCUUCCUCUAUUUACAAUCUUUCUUCUAUGGCAAUAUUCUCUGUGCCAGAAAACCAACUCCAGGGAAGUCUUCCCUCAGACUUGGGAUUUACACUUCCAAAUCUGCGGAGACUUAACCUUUUCAGUAAUAAAUUUAAUGGACAUAUUCCUGCUUCUCUGUCUAAUGCUAAGGAACUAUCUGCCAUAAUAAUUGGGAAGAACAACUUUCAUGGAAAAGUUCCUCAGCUGGGAAGAUUGUUGAAUCUGUACUGGUUAGGAAUCGGAGAAAAUAAUCUUGGCAGUGGGAUAGAAGAUGAUGAUGGGUUGAGUUUCUUGUCUUAUCUAACAAAUUGUACCAAUUUGCGUAGGUUGGGUCUAAACGACAAUGAUUUUAUUGGGAUGUUGCCAAAUUCUAUAGGCAACCUUUCAGACCAACUUUCGUUUUUGACACUAGGAAGAAAUCGCAUAUUUGGAAAUAUUCCUGAUGGGUUAGCUGAGCUUGUCAAUCUAGAAAAUUUGGGCAUGGAAAGCAAUGAACUAACAGGUAUAAUCCCUGAAAAAAUUGGCAAACUUCACAAGCUCCAAGUCUUGGAUUUAUCAGGAAAUAAACUCACAGGCAAUAUCCCUUCCUCUCUGGGAAAUUUGAGUAUGAUUGGUGAGCUCUUCCUAGGACAGAAUCAGUUGAUUGGGAACAUACCUUUAAGCCUAAGUAAAUGCCGACGAUUGUCAAUGCUCUAUAUUGAUCAGACCAACAUCUCUGGGAUGAUACCUCAAGAGCUUUUCAACAGCUUGCCCUCACUAACUUUUGUAGAUCUAUCUGAUAAUAAUCUGAACGCUUCACUACCUUCGCAAUUUACCAUGGUGAAUCUUGUUUCUUUUGAUAUUUCUAAUAACAUGAUAUCUUGCAAUAUUCCUAGCAGUCUUAGCAGUUGUACAAGCUUGGAAAGAUUACGAAUGGAGGGUAACUUCUUUCAAGGUACUGUUCCUUCACUGAUGCCAUUGAGAGGUCUUGAAGAUAUAGAUCUUUCAAGAAACAACUUGUCUGGUCUAAUUCCAAGUUAUUUGGAGAACUUCAUGUUCUUAAGGAAUUUGAAUCUUUCCUUCAAUAAUUUUGAGGGUGAGGUUCCAACAACUGGUGUCUUUAAGGAUGCAAGUGCUAUUUCCUUAGCAGGAAACCAUAUGCUUUGUGGAGGCAUACCAGAAUUGAGAUUGCCAGCAUGCAUUAACAAUUCAAAGAAACACAGCUUCCCUGUUAUUCUGAAGGUAGCUAUUGCUGUGAGUUGUGGGCUUGCUGCAAUAGCUUUGCUACUUUGGUUCCUUGCAUUUUGGCUAAAAAAAUCCAACAAGGAACUGCCUGCGGGCUCUUCCUUGAAUGAGGAUUCUCUUCAAAGAGUAUCUUAUGGAAGCAUCUUCAAAGCAACUGAUGGGUUUUCUUCAUCCAACUUAAUUGGAAGUGGAAGCUUUGGAUGCGUAUAUAAAGCAAGAUUUGAUCAAGAAGAAACUACUGUAGCUGUCAAAGUUCUAAACCUUCAACGCCAAGGUGCUUUCAAGAGUUUUAUAGCUGAAUGCGAAGCCUUGAGAAAUAUCAGGCAUCGAAAUCUUGUCAAAGUAUUAACAGCUUGUUCGACUGUUGAUUUUCAAGGUAAUGAUUUCAAGGCUUUGGUUUACGAAUUCAUGGUUAAUGGAAGUCUAGAACAAUGGCUACAUCCAAGCAAAAGGACCACAGAUGAGACAUGUAUUGAGAUCAGGAGCCUAACAAUUCUUGAGAGAAUAGAUAUUGCAAUUGACGUGGCUUCUGCAUUAGAUUAUCUUCAUCAUGGUUGUCAUAAGCCAAUAGUUCAUUGCGAUAUAAAACCGAGCAAUGUCCUUUUGGAUUCAUCCAUGACUGCCCAUGUUGGUGAUUUUGGGUUGGUUAGGUUUCUUGGUGAAGACAGUGAAACAAGCUCUUUAGCAGUAAAAGGAUCAAUUGGCUAUGCGGCUCCAGAAUAUGGUUUAGGAAGUCAAGUGUCUGAAUAUGGUGAUUUGUACAGCUAUGGAAUUCUCUUGUUAGAAAUGUUCACCGGAAAGAGACCGACCGAUAACAUGCCUGACGAUAGUAGAGAUCUACACAACUGUGUUAGAAUGGCACUGGUGAAUGGUGUUAUGGAGAUUGUAGAUUUACAGAUUUUUUCAGGAGGAGAGAAGGAGGAGGCUUUUCUACAAUAUAUUCAAGAAUCAAUUGCUUCAAUUCUAAGUAUAGGGUUGGCAUGUUCUGUGGAUUCACCUUCAGCAAGAAUGGGAAUUAAUGAGGUUGUAACCAAGUUGAAGAAAAUUAGGGAAGCUAUCCCUUACAGGGAAAGGCUGAAGAAACUUCAAAAUUAAAGG